AUGAUAAGUCGCAUUCGAGCAGCCAUCAACGGGAAUCGGGACUUGCAGCACGGACUUUCGCCCCUUGACCAGCAACAUGGGACGAAGGUGAAGAAAGUCAUUGCCGAGGCCCUCAAGUCCAAGGACGUCGGGGAUGGGUGCAACGUGGUCAUGCAUGCCGCAAUGCUGGGCCGUGAUUGCUCCUUUAAGUCGGCCGUCGUUGUCGUCAAGCAAAGACUGGGACGGGGCGGAUUUAUCACGCCAUUCCGUGAGUCAGACUUCAAAGGGGCCCCACUUUCGUUUCAUGCAGCAGGAGGAUUAAGCGCCGCGUGCUUCGAGUUCGUGUGCAAAGUCCUCCACAAAACCCUGGGGAGAAACGAGCUGAGACAGCAGGUUCAGGUCUUUUGGGACCUGGAAAUUCUCGGAGGAAACUCACCGUUAGCCCCCCCCACACUCCUGCUUCACAACCCGACUGCCGGAACAUGCCAGGCCAUUGAUCUAAAGGAAAGGUCGAUAAUCUUCCGCCCGGCUAAGAGCCAGGUAGCGAACGUAUUCCAAGCGGUGAUUCAAGCCUUCGAUGGCGACGGAGGUGGAUGCCCUCGAAAUACGGACAACGGGGAUCAAACGGAGGCUCCUCGCACGUCGUGGCUCCUCGCCGACGACCUUCCGGAAUCCCCGGCACCUGAGGACAAAUGA